AUGGCACGACGUCUUGCGACGGCAGCACUCGUUGCUGGCCUCGCCUCGAACACCGCUGCGAUUUACAUCAAUGGCUCCGUCACAGCCCCGUGUGACUCGCCGCUGUAUUGCCACGGCGAAAUCCUGCAUGCGAUUGAGCUUGCGCGGCCGUUUGUGGAUUCCAAGACAUUCGUGGACAUGCCAACGAUCAAGCCUUUGGACGAGGUGAUUGCCGCGUUUAACCGGCUGAGCCAGCCAGUGGCCAACAAUUCCGAGCUCAAUGCCUUCCUGGCCGAGAACUUUGCCCCGGCCGGCGGCGAGCUCGAAGAAGUUCCCAGAGAAGAGCUUGAGACGGAUCCCAAGUUCCUGGACAAGAUCGAGGAUGCCACCAUCAAAGAAUUCGUCACCAAGGUGAUCGACAUCUGGCCGGAACUGACCAGGCGCUAUGUCGGCGCCGGCAACUGCUCCGGGUGCGUCGACAGCUUCAUCCCCGUCCCUGCGAACCGCACCUUUGUGAUUGCGGGCGGCCGCUUCCGCGAGUUCUUCUACUGGGACUCGUACUGGAUAUUCGAGGGCCUUCUCCGCACCGGGGGCGCCUAUACUCAGAUCACCAAGAACAUGCUCGAGAACUUCUUCGACCUAGUCGAGACAAUCGGCUUCGUUCCCAACGGGGCGAGGCUCUACUUCCUGAACAGGUCACAGCCACCGUUGCUCUCGGGGAUGGUCAAAAUGUACGUCGACUACACCAACGACACAAGUAUCCUCGAGAGGGCCCUGCCACUCCUGAUCAAGGAGCACGAGUUCUGGAUCACCAACCGAAGUGUGUCCAUCACGGCUGCGGACGGGAAGCAGUACACUCUGAACAGAUACUCCGUCGACAACAACCAGCCCCGCCCGGAGUCGUACCGAGAGGACUACAUCACCGCCAACAACGCUUCCUACUACGCGGCAUCGGGCAUAAUAUACCCCGUCAAGACGCCGCUCAAUGAGACGGAGAAGGCCGAGCUGUACGCCAACCUGGCCAGCGGUGCCGAGUCCGGCUGGGAUUAUACGGCUCGGUGGCUGAAGAACCCCCACGAUGCAGCGAAGGAUGUCUACUUCCCGCUCCGCUCCAUCAAUGUACGCGGUAUGGUCCCGGUUGACCUCAACUCGAUUCUGUACCAAAACGAAGUCAUCAUCGCCGAGUACCUCGAGCAGGCUGGUAACAGCAGCGAAGCUGAGCGAUUCGCCUCCAUGGCCCAGCAGCGCAGCGAGGCCAUGUAUGCGCUGAUGUGGAAUGCAACCCAUUGGUCCUACUUCGACUACAACCUCACUAGCAACACCCAACGCAUCUUCGUUCCGCUCGACGACGACUCAACCACAACCGAGCAGGCUAAUUCGCCGCCGGGGCACCAAGUCCUCUUCGACAUCGCCCAGCUCUACCCCUUCUGGACGGGUGCGGCCCCAGAUAGCCUGAAAUCCAACCCGCUCGCCGUGCAGCUCGCCUACGCCCGCGUGGCGCGCAUGCUCGACACCAAGGCGGGCGCCAUCCCCGCGACAAACUUCCGCACCGGCCAGCAAUGGGACCAGCCCAACGUCUGGCCGCCACUUCAGCACGUGCUCAUGCAAGGCUUGCUCAACACGCCAGCCACGUUUGGCGAGUCGGACCCGGCCUACCAGAGCGUGCAAAACCUGGCCGUCCGCCUCGCGCAGCGCUACCUCGACUCCACCUUUUGCACGUGGUACGCCACGGGCGGUUCGACCAGCGAGAUGCCGCAGCUGCAGGGCGUCAGCCCGGACGCGACGGGUACCAUGUUUGAGAAGUAUGCCGACAACGCGACGAACGUGGCGGGCGGCGGCGGCGAGUAUGAGGUGGUGGAGGGGUUCGGGUGGACGAAUGGCGUACUGAUCUGGGCUGCCGACGUGUUUGCCGGCAAGCUGAAGAAGCCUGACUGCGGCAACAUCACUGCCGCGCACACCCACUCUGGCGAGAAGAGGGGGCUGGAGAGGAGGGCUGUAGAGCUUGAUCCGUACGAUUUUGCGUGGACGAAGAUGUUUGGGAAGAGUAAGCUGAAGAAGAGGGAGGAUGGGCGGAAGCGGUGGUUGAGUUGA